AUGUCAUUCUCUGAAAACCGUGCUUUUCGGUCCGAACACUCUUCUGGCUCUUUGCGCUUCAAAAUUUCCCUCUCCAAGCAGGAAAUGGAGCACGAGGAACCUGAAAAUUCCUCAAGUGAUCCACCUUACAGAACGAGUUAUUCACUUUAUGUCGUUCUAAGUGAAAUUCAUCGACUUUGUGUAAAGCGCGACCACAAGGGUAUUUUUGCUAAUCCUGUUACUGAAGACAUUGCUCCGGACUAUUUUUCAAUAAUAUCUCAUCCAAUGGAUUUAGGCACAAUGUACUCCCGACUUGAAUCGCGUAAUUACUACUCAACUGCAAGUCAGUAUUUGGCAGAUGUUCGGCUGAUGUGUCAAAAUGCGAUGUGCUAUAAUCCACCCGAUACAAUUUACUAUCAGAAGGCGCGUAAGUUACUUGCUUUCGUUGAGAAGCUGAUGACACCACACAGUCUUCGCAAACUCUCCACUGAACUCCUAAAAAUGAGUCGCCCUCUGACUGACGAAGAGAUUGGAGGUGAAUUCGUGGAACACCACCACCGUCAUCAGCAGCAACAGCAUGUCCAUCACCACCGCCAGGACAGUCAGAAUCAGCAUUUUGCUCAAACCAGCACUUCCACGGCUCCAUAUUCCACAACAUCAACAGGGAGCAUCUUUACUCCACCCAAGUUGCAGGAAGAAGAAAUAGAAGAGGUGGAGGUGUUGGAAGACGAAGAGGAGAGGGAGAGAACAGCGACAGAAUCUUCAUCCUCUCCAAUACUGUCAGUGCGAAAACGCCGGCCCUCAUCUGCCUCGAUUUCUUCCGCCAGCAAGUUGCCGCGCUACGCCAGCAGUCCACCACUCCUAGUUCCAGAGGUGGAGGAUUCUGUUGGACGAGUGGAUAGUCCCCUAACCCAGUCAACCUGCGGUCGCAACGACAGUGAUGUGGUGACAAUCGAUUUGGAAACCAAUGAGAUCGACUUAGCAGAGGCCUCUCUCACCCUCUCCCCCGCCUCCUCCACUAUCUCCUCCUCCACUCUUCGCGGUGGUUCUCGCAAAUCCAAACGCCGCGGCGUGACAAAAAAGACCUCUGCUCCAACGCCACCGCCACGACCACCAGGACCAUCGAGACCACGUCGAAAGAAUGGUGGCCGACCCUCCGUCAGCCCACUACCCGACCGCGUCCAUAGCGAGGACACAUGGACCUUUCCAGACUGCAUCACUGAUAGAAGUAGCCCGGGGCAGGUCGUGGCUCAGGCUAAACAUGCCGCUCGGGCAGCCAGAGCCAAGUUUCUGGCUCGUUAUGGCCGGCAGGGACAUCAAACUAUCGUUUAUCUCGAUACCACUGAACCGGGUAAAAUCUACGCCAAGCCUUGUGGUGACCGUGCCUGGAUUCAAGAUAAGGAAGAGGGGGAGAGUGAAAAGGAUCAGCGAAAACUUGUGGAUUAUCCCCUCGCCUUGAGGCAGCUUCUGACGCCUAAACCCCAGUCCACUGGACAAGGCGUCUACCAUGGACUGGUGGAGCAGAUGACCUCUCAACAGGUCGCCACUCUGCAUGCCCUCUCAAAACUGCGUUAUGAUUCCACCGAACCAGUUGGGAUGGGGAUUCAUGGACCCUUGGCCAUCUUUGAGAAGGAUGAGUUGGCACAGCUUUGUGACGCCUACGGUGGUGACGUGAUGACAAUGGAGAGUGUCCUCUCGCUUCUCACCUUUGUAGAGCCCCUGGGUGAAUGGGCGAGACGGUGGGCGCAUCGGCGUCUCGACAAUGCCACUGACGGCUACCAUGGUAAAAUGCUUCUCGCUUUUGCUGAUCCCACCUCUGAAUUCUAUGCAAAUAAUUGGAUGAGAAGAGCUGGAUUGACGAUAGAUCCUAAUGUUGUGGAGGAGUUUAAAGUGGAAAGUACUGAGAAGGAAGAGUUGAGCAAAGGAGCUGAGUCUUUACAGGCUUCGGUCGACCCAACGGAAAAUUGCCCCACUUCAUCAAUCGCCGGUGAUUUUCAGCCGUUGGAAGUGGAAUCCACUGGUAGUGGUCACAUGUCCAUGGCAAAAAUGCCCUCCAAUACUUCCACGACUGACACUACGGUGAAGCAGAUGGCCACUGUCCAACCUCUUCAGCGUCUAGUUUCUCCAUCCUGCACUUCCUCGGACGAUAAGUCCGUUACUUCCAACACACUGGAAACCUCCACAACGGAGGCAGAUAAAGAAAGCGAAGAUGAGGAAGAGGUAGAAGAGGGGGAUGAGGAGGAGGAAGAAGAAGAAGAAGAAGAGGGAGAGACUUUUGAUAUCCUUUCAGCAGCCCUGGAUGCCUCAGUGACUCCGGCGGUACCGGAACAGAUGCCCCAACAACAAGCACAACAGCAACAGUACGUGCUCACCACUUACUGUGUGAUGGAUAGCGGUGGUACGUCUGCGGUUCUUGAAGCCCCCGGCAAUCCGACUCUCGUUGCCAAUCCACUAGCCGCAUCGGUGAAUGACAUCGCACAGAUUUCAGCGCUGACAGCGGCCAUCAGUCCCAUCCAACCUUUGUCUACCCUUCCCUCCACAUGUAUCGGACUACCCAAGCCACUUCCAGCUUCUGUAACUAGCGAAGUGGUUGAUCGAAAGAUCGGAGAAGAAGAUGCGACGUUGGAUGAAUCACUACCAAUGGAAAUGGAUCUAGAGCCUGAUUCAGAAGAGUCUCCAAAGAAUUCUGCCUCGGAAGGAAGUCUUCCUAAAGGUUCGGUGGAGGAGGAAGAGGCUACUGGAGACGAAAGUGAAGGCAGCCUUAUAGAGGUUUCUGCGGAGUUAUCAAGCAAGGGAAGUUUUAAGGAAAGCCCUCCCCAUGCACCAGUUCUAACAGAGACUUCCUCGAAUUCUGCGCCAUCAAAAGUGCCUUUUGAAGCGGCAAAUUUGUCAAAACCUCCUGAGAAUGAGACGCGUGCUUUAAUUACUGGUGAACCGGAAUUUUUUGUUGUUGAAGAAUUUUCGGAAGCCUCAGAGGGCAAUGUCUCACCAAAGCUUGACGUAAAUGAGGUUGGGGAAUCUUCCUCGAAUUCAACACCUUCAAAAGAAAGCCCCCCUCAAGAGCCAGCUUCAGUGCAACCAUCUGACAAUUCCGCCUCAUCGGAAAUGGCUGUGCAGUCACCUGUAGAUAGUCGCAAUUCCAUUGCCGACAUGCUGGACGAUCCUCAAAGACCUCUCUCCACUGGUACAUAUGCUCUGCGUGUCAAAGAACCAGAGUUAACUCCCAUCGAAGAGUCCGCGGAACCCUUGUCGCAAAUGGACGUAGAUAGAUCACCAAUUUUAAUGAGGCCUCUCCAAGAUUCUGCCAUUGAUGUGGACUCGACUUUUAGUGAUGAAACACUGGAAGACCUUCAAAGGUCUUGCAGGACAGGGUUGAAUGCUCCAGUUGUCAAAGCGUCGGACUUCUCAAUCAUCCAAGAAUCAUCGAAACCCUCAGUUCAAGAGGCAUCAGAAAAAAUGAACUUAGACGAGAUUGAAAAGUCAAUCUUGGAAGAAAGUCCUUUGGAAGCAUCAGCUUUACUGAAGCCUUUCCAGAAUCCGGUGGCGUCAGACAUGGACAUGGAGUUUUGUGCUAUUAAAGGUUCCUCAAGUUUCAGUGAGAAUGUGGAAGAAGUCCCACGAGGAUCUGUGCCAGAAAUGGACGAUCAAAUUGUCAAUAAAUUGGAGUUUGCAAUCAUUGAAGAGUCAUCUGAAGCUUUAUCAAAAGCGGACCCAGGUGGGGGUGCUACACCCUUGAAGGAAACGGAGUCUUGCACUGCUGAAGUCCAUCCAGAUUCCAGUGAUGAAGCCUUGGAAGAACCCCAAAAAUCUCCUCGCACAGAGAUGAAUGCUGCGGCUGUCGAAGAGCCGGAAUUUGCUCUCGUUGUGGAGUCAUCUGAAGUUACAGAUGUAGUUAGAGGAACCUUGAACGCGAAGGUGUCAAAAGAAGGUCCCCUCCAAGCAUCAGACUCAAUGGAGUCUCGCGCUGUUGAAGUCAUUCCGCAUUCAAGUGAUGAGGCUUGUCGGAGAGCAUCAGAGGAUACGGGUGUACUAGAUGACAAUGAAUUAGAACUUCCUAUCUCUGGGGCAUCCUUGGAAGCUUCCUCGAAUCCUAAUGAAUUCUCGGAACGAGCUUUAGUCCAGGCUUUGGAGAAAAGUCCUCUUCCUUCCAGUAUCAUUCUACCUCAGAGAAUUGGAACAGGGGUUAAAUCGUCAGAAAAGAGUCCCUUACAAACCUCCGAGGACGUGGAAAGUUCGGUGGAGUUCGCGGAACCUGGGCUUACUAGAGGAUCCCUGAACAGUGGUCCCUAUUCUUCUGAUGUCUCAUUCUCUUCGGAAACUCACUUUUCAGUGGAACUUCUUCGUGAGGAAGCCAUGGAUGUUCCUGCAUCUUCGAAACGAAAGCUUCCGCUAGACGAAUCAAACCGCUUCGUGUCCAGUGGAGGUAGUCCUUCUGAGGUUAGGAAGCUCGUCGAUUACGAGAUUGCUGAAUCUUCCGAAAACGAGGCGACGGACCACCCCACCUCUCCUGUUGAUGCUCCCGUUUUGUUGGAGUCCCCAAACUACCCAACUGCAGGGGUUGAAACCAGUCCUAAUGCGGCCGAGGUUCAGGAGGCGUUUGACAGCCCUAUAGCAGUGGAAUCCGGUUGCAGCAGCUCUGCGUCUAGUAAUGAUUCCAGCGGCCUCAAAGUUGUAUCAAGUAGGAUGGAAGACCAAGUUCAGAUGGAGAUGGAUGACACCCUCCAGAGUUACCCCUGCCAAUAUGAAGUAAAUGAGGCAGAAUUUGCCUCCUUUAUCUCUGGGGAAGAGGAAGAAAUGCACACAGAAUUCUGCACUCCUCCACCACACUCCCAAUUGGUUGGUGGAGGCUUAGACCACAACGACGACCCGACUCCCACUUCGAAUCGAUCUUCUCCACCGAGAUCUACGGAACAGUUCUGUACAAAUCGCUACUAA